AUGCAUCGAGUUGUUCUUGCCCUGUUGGCGGCGUCUCCAGCGCUCGCUCAAAUCCCUGGUAGUCUCACUCCAGAAGUUCACCCACUUCUUCCUAUUCAAACCUGUGCUACCGGCCGCGGUUGCAAAACCAUCAACACGAAGGUUGUCUUGGACUCGCAAUACCGAUGGCACCACGUGAAAGGAGGAUAUGACCCGUGUGUCAACAACGGUGUUUUCAAUGCUGCCACAUGCAAGAAAGCAGACGAAUGCGCGGCCAAUUGCGAAGUCGAAGGUGUCAACUACGCUAGUUACGGUAUUAGCACAUCCGGAAAUGCCUUGACCCUUCAGCUUUUCAAUCCAACUGGUGGCUUGGCAUCACCCCGUGUUUAUCUUCUUAAAGAGGAUGCGCAAACUUAUUAUAAGUUCCGCAUGCUAAACAAGGAGUUCACUUAUGAUGUCGAUGUUUCGAAUCUUCCUUGCGGAACAAAUGGAGCCCUCGUUAGUACCUUUUAA